AUGUCCAGCAAGGAGGGGUCCUCGACCCCUGACCCUCUCCCCUACUUCCCCCCCAUCCCGAUCACCUCCGACCCCUCCGACUUCUCCAGCCUGAUGCCCACCUCCUCCCGCCAGAUGGCGAGCUCCCCCCGCAAGCUCCACGCCUCCUCCACCGCCCGGCCGGCCAGGGGCUCCCCGAGCCGGGCCCCGCCGCAGAGCCCGCCGCUGGCCCCGCCUUCCUCCAUGUCGUCCGUGGCCCCCGGCAUGUCGUCCAACAUGGUGCUGGGCACCCUCACCAGCUUCCCCGACUUCAGCAUCCCCGCCCAGGCGCCCGUGUACGAGUCCGCCCCGCCCCAGCCCAAGUCGCUCACCACCUUCCCCACGUUUAAGUCCUCGAGCCAGAGCAAGACCUCGCCUCCCGGCUCGCAGCGCCUCCCCUCGGCUUCGUCUCCCACCCUCACCACCGAACUCGUCCCCCCGCCCACCACCCCGAAGAAGAGGUCCUUCCACGGCUUCCCCACCUCUAAAACCCGGCUCUUUCACCACGGCGGCUCCGCCACCAACCCCCCCGCCCAGCAACCUGCCCCCAAGCCUGAACCGCCUCCCGACGCCUCCCCCCCUCUCCUGCCCCCGAACCUGAAUCGCCUCCCGCCACCCCCCUGCUUACCCCCCAACCUGCCCCCCAACCUGAACCGCCUCCCGCCAACAGCCCACCUACCCCCCAACCUGCCCCCAACCUGA